AUGGCAUCUGGAGACGUGCAUCAGAUGUCUUCAGCGAUAUCUAACCCCUUCCGAACCCCGUCACAAGUCUCGCAUCUACAAAAUGACCCUACCGCCACGCCCUCUCCCACCUCGAAUAGCAGAUCGUCUCAUACCCUCCAACCUACUUCACCAGCGAACGUCCGAUCAAUACCACACAUUGACGGGCCUCAUAUACAUUGGCGAGGUGCCCCACCCCAAGAGCAACAACAUAUCAACGACGGCAAUCACCUCAUGCCGCAAGAGUCUCAGUCCGAGGCAAUACCUCCACCGUCACCACGCCUUGAGCCUACACACCGCUCAACGUUGUCUCUAAAUGGGUCAACGGUCAAUUCGCCGAGCCGCAUCAAGGUUCGAGAUCUCGGCCACAUACAAAGCUUCGCCAGUGAGGAAGUCCUUACCCGGUCACGCCACCCAUCCAGGCAUUCUCUACGAGGGAGGAUGGAUGGCGGGCAGCAGUACGAGAUCAGUGGAAUGCCGGUCACAGAUGUCAUUGAGAUGGUAGCCGGACUCUUGACGAAGAUCAUCACUACAAAUGAUCGCCAACAUGAGAAUCUACAUCGGAAUAUACCGCCUCCAGAAGGUACGACGGCGCUCAGUCCGCAAGCUACAAGUGUGCUCGCUUUCCAUGGAAAAAAUGUACCCAGCAUCACCAUCGCAAGCUAUCUCAGCCGCAUCCACAAGUAUUGUCCGACUACAUACGAAGUCUUUUUGAGUCUGCUGAUAUAUUUCGAUCGCAUGACGGAAAUGGUCAACAGUGGAGCACUGCCUAGAUUGCCAGGCGAUGGGCAGCAUGGCAGGGGCCAUUCGAGAGUACCGAGUGGCGUCAGCUCUAACGGCUCGAGCGAGACGGCGGUCAACUCUUCGCCAGGCGGAGCGGGAAUCGACUCUUCGCCCAGAGCACCAACCAUAGUUUCUCCUCCUGGUUCCGAUAGUUCAGACUCUCAGGACUCAACCAUGAGGCCUUCGCCCUCGAUGCCCUCCGCGAUACCUGAUUCCGACGCCUACGACCUUUCGCACUAUUUUGUGGUGGAUAGCUUCAACAUACAUAGACUCGUCAUUGCAGGAGUCACUUGCGCAAGCAAAUUCUUCUCCGACGUCUUCUACACGAAUUCCAGAUAUGCCAAGGUCGGCGGCCUACCAUUAAACGAGCUAAACCACCUGGAAUUACAGUUUCUUCUCUUGAAUGAUUUUCGUCUUUCUGUACCCAUAGUCGAACUAGAGGCGUAUGGAACCAUGCUGGUUGAGUUCUAUGCGCGCGAAGUCAUUUCUCAACAGCAGCAGGCCAACCAUAUGGAGGGACUGUACAUGCAGACACAAACCCCUACGCCACCACCGUAA